UUCAUCAAAGAAUUACUAUUAACUAUACUCCAGUUGAAACUUAAAGAGGAAACUCAGAUAAAUGCUCUUUCAAGCCUCAAACUUGAAAUCGACACUCGGUGGCAGGUGGGACUCAUUUUGAGGACUUCGGUCGAAAGUCCAACCUGGCGGUUUAGGGCCACCGUAAAGUUUCAUUGGAAGUCGAAGGAAGUUGACCUAGCGCUUCGCUUACGAACAAUUGAGAAAGUUUGA